UCCCGGGGCGGGGUCUACCCGGUGGCGGCAGCAGGGGCAGGGUCAAGAUGGCGGCAGUGAGCGGCCUGUCAGGUCCUGAGUUGCUGGAGGAUGCGGCCCACGCCCGGGCCUUACUUCGGGAGCUCAAAUCCUUCUAUGACGCCCGGCUGCUGGUGGAUGUGACCUUGGAGGUGGAGAGCGGCAGCCGCUUCCUGUGUAACCGCAAUGUCCUGGCCGCCGCCAGCCCGUACUUCAGGAGUAUGUUCACGGGAGGCCUGUUCGAGAGUAAACAGCAGAGAAUCACCAUCCAUGAGGUGGACUCGGACUCCAUGUCCCUGAUCAUUGAUUACUGCUACACGGGCCGGGUCACUGUCUCCGAGGCCAGCGUCCAGAAACUCUACGUCUCCGCCAAUAUGCUGCAGCUCGAGUACGUCCGGCAGGCGUGCGCCGCCUUCAUGGCCCGGAGACUGGAUCUGUACAACUGUACUGGCAUCUUCAAGUUUGCAGAUGCCUUCGAUAAUGUGGAACUAAAAGAGAAGGCACGUGCUUUCAUUGCACGCAACUUGCAACAUCUGUGCAGGACGGAGGAAUUGUGUGAGCUUUCACCUGAGCAGAUAAAAGAAAUCCUUAGUCUGGACACGCUGGAUGUGGACAGCGAGAGCAAAGUAUGUAUGGCUGCAAUUCAGUGGAUUAAAGCAAAUUUCAGUGAGCGUGCUGUGCACGCACUGGAUGUACUAAAGUGUGUCCGGUGGCAUCAUUUCACUGAGAAGGACAGAACAUACCUUGAUGCUCUUAAAUCUCAGCUGUUUGUCAAAAACAAGCCUCUUGGCUCCAUCGUUGAAGACCUUUCUGCAUGUCAGAGGGCUGACAUGCCUGCAACAAUACAAAAUACUUCCAGGAGGAUUGGAUUCAGUGCUAAGGAAAUGGUUAUAUUCUUUGGCCAUCGGAAGGAACCUUUCCUCUGUUAUGAUCCGUACUCUGGUGACAUUUAUACAAUGGCUUCACCUUUGACUAGUCCUGCAAUUACCAAGUCCAUCAGUUCAUUGGCUGUCUGUGUUUCACCAGACAACGAUGUGUUUUUGGCAGCGCAGCCAACCAAGCAGCUUUGGGUGUACAAUGCAGUUCAGAACAGCUGGCAACAACUGGCUGAGCGGCUGUUAGCAAGAGAGAGGAUGGAUGUUGCCUACCUGAAUGGAUAUAUUUAUAUCCUUGGUGGUCGUGAUCCAUCUACAGGCCUGAAAAUUAAGGAGGUUGAGUGUUACAGUAUUCAGAGAAACCAGUGGAUAUUUGUGACACCCCUGCCUCAUGCAUUGCAUUUGUUCGAACUAAUCACAGUUGGAGACUGUUUGUACGCUGUUAAUAACAAGAGGAUGUUGUGCUACGUACCAGAAAGGAAUCAGUGGCUGAACUGUGCCUCUCUCAAACGGAGUGAGUUUCAGGAAGCAUGCGUUUUCAAUGAUGAAAUCUAUUGCAUUUGUGACAUUCCGGUCAUCAAAGUUUAUAACCCCUCAAAGGGAGAAUGGCGAAGGAUUAGUGACAUCCCGAUUGACACUAACAUCCACAAUUUUCAAAUUGUGUGUCACGGGAACAAACUGCUUCUCAUCACCACCACUGUUCCACAGUGGAAGAAGAACAGGGUGACAGUUCAUCAAUACGAUACAACUGGGGAUCAGUGGGUUAAUGUUGGUACCAUGUUGGGAUUGCUGCACUAUGACAGUGACUUCAUAUGUCUUUCGGCGCGUCUGUAUCCUUCGUGCUUGGAGCCGGGCCAAAGUUUCAUUAGCGAGGAGGAUGAUGUGCGUAGUGAGUCGAGUGCAGACUGGGAUUUCGAAGGCUCCAGUGAUAUUGACUCUGAGUCGGGGAGCUCGAGCUCAUUUUCGGAUGACGCCUGGCAGCCACCAGAAGGUCUCAGAGUUGAAAGAAUACAGCGAAAUGGCCACUUAGCCCCAGCAGACAACAGGGCGUCUCAUAUCAAUGGUCAAUUAGGGAACUAACAAGCUCUGUCUUAAAUAGCCAUAGAUGAGACAGAUCAAAGGUCAUAAAACUAGUAUUUUUUUCUGAUUGUUGCAUAUAUGGUAGUUUUGGACAAAGACAGUUAUAUUUUGCAGUACAUGUUAAAGUCUUUGGAGGAACUGAAAAAAUAAAAAUUGCUUUGAAAUUAUCUUUUUCCCCCAUUGGCAGAUACACUACGUUUUUUUUUCUGUUCUAUCCUUCUGCAAGUAGGUCUCACUUUUUAAAGAAAUGAUUAGGGUAGCUUAAAUAGAUUCAGUAUUCUUCUUAGUGACAAUGGAGAUCUGAGAGUUUGGUCUUUUAGCUGUUAUCCUGCAUACUGCUUCAUGAAAUCUGAAAAAUCUUGUAUAAUAAAUACUCUCGGAAGGCAUGUUGUGGUUUGGAUGUUGCUGAAGUGAUGGUAAUUAAAUAGGCAGUUUCAACUGGCUGAUUUGAAGAGACAGUAUGACAGUGUAUUGCACUGGCCUGCAGGAGCUACCACCUCUGGCUUAUUGAAGGAGAACUUUUUUUUGAGAGCACAAAGAAAUCCAAAGUUUUAUCCUGCAAGUUUCUUCUGGUUUACUUACCAUCCAUUAAUGAGGUUAAGUAACUUGGCAGCUUCAUGAUAUUGCAAAUUGGAAGUAAGCAGAUUUGACGGGUUGAGUAUUUGUGUUUCAUAUAUCCUAGCAUCAAUGUGAAUUCUUCUGUAAAACUGGUCGUUAAAACUUUAGUAAUGUUCACAUGCUUGAGGAAUUUAUCAUAUUGAAAGUUUUUUCAUUUAUUUCUGUAUAAAUUUAUCCAUUUGUUUUAUUUUGCUUUACUGCAGGUAACAAUGUAAAUGAUGACCAGUGAUAAUGGUGCUGUUUCUUUUGAGCCUGGCUGCAUGAAGUACAACAAAGGUAAAGUUCUAAGUAAGGAAGUAUGGAAAAUAAUGGCACAUGAGGCAGCCAUUUAGCCUGUUGUGUCAUUAUUGGUUUAUCACAAGGACACUUCAGAACUAAUCCCUCUCAGGUCUGCACUGAGAAUACUCUGUCCUUUUGAUGUUAGCCCUUUGAUCUUUGAAGCUUUUUAUGUGUAAUUAAUUUCUGCUAACCUGCCCCAUAACUUUUGAGCAGAACAAACAACAGUGAUGUCUUUUUAAAAUGGUUUCAAACUCGUUUGGCUUUCUGGGUGACGUUCUCUGAGGCUGGUCACCAAGAGUGUGGGUUUCUCCAGUAUGUGCCAUUGAAAAACACUUCAAAAAUAGUGUGGGAUUGAAACUGAAUUGAUACCUCCCUCCUUUUGAAUAAAAGAACUGACGACGCCAAGUCCACACUUUAAAAAGAAAAUUGAAUUCUAUGGUAAUUUGUAUUAAAUAGUUGAAUCAUUUGAUUGACCUGUUGAUUUUUGUUUUUGUCAUUUAUUUUCAUCCUAAUCUUGGCAAUGUGGGUGUUACUAGAAAUGCCAGCAUUUGUUAGCUGUCCCUGAUUGACCAAGCCAUUCAGUUCAAGGGCAAUCAUUACAGAGGGCUAUUGAAAGUCACCCACAUUGCUGCAGUUAGAUGUAGGCCAGGCCUGGACAUGAUGGUAGAUUUCCUUCCCUACUGUCAGCUGUCAUGGUGAGAUUUAAGCUGACAUCCCCAGAACAUUAGCCUUGGCGUCUAGUUUAUCAGACCAGUGCCAUUACUAAUAAACUACCAUCACUCCUCUGCUACACCUUGAGAUAUUCAAAUUUGGACAAAUCGAAUACAUGAUGUUUCAAACUGACUUUUUAAAACAUUUUUAUUGUUUGCUGUAAUAAUUAACAAAAGGAAUUUUCUGGAUGUUUAGAAAUGCACGUUUAUGGCCCACCAUAAACGACGAAACAGAAAUAUUGAACUGUUUGAUUUUAAAGUAAUUUUACUUUUAUUUACCUGAACAGUACCUGGAAGCAGAAGAUAUGACGUCUUUGUGAAGCUGUGAUCCUAUUGGUCAGCAUUUUGGACAAAUAGGUUUAAGAAGGCAUUUUUGCCUGUUUGAUUAUCGGUAAAUAAACUAGACUUAGUGAACUAAUUUAAAGCCCGUUUCCUGAAACCAUCCUCCCUCACUCCAAGGUAGAAAAAUUCCUCAGUAGACUUCAUAGGUUUCAGUGGGAAGUUAAAUAACUUGAGUGCAAAUAUACUUUAAUAGAAAUCGGCAGUAAGUUAGAAUGUGCAGUUUGUUUAAAGUACGGUUUAGGGAGCAAAUGUUCUGUAAGGCAUGUCACAACAUUUUAUAUUCUGUAAAAUGGCUUGUGUGAUAGACAGCUAACCCACACUCAUAGAUAACUUUGCUUAUCUGUAAUAUUAUUUUAAUAAACACUAUCUUUUGUGUUUG